AUGAAUCCUGUAUUCACGACGAUUCUAAAGGACAACUCGAAAGGCAACAGUUAUUACGGCACGGAUAACUUACUCAAGCAAUUAGCGAUUUAUAGUGCAGUUGGCGUUGUGGGCACUCUAAUCGCGCUUGCGGUUAUGAUUCUACCAUAUCCGAUCUUUGCAAUGAGGAAGUUACAGAGACACAUGGCUGCGUCGCCUCACGACAUCCGAGAUAUCCUAAACUUGAUUGUCGAUUCCUACUGUUUCCGAGCCAAAGAUAUCAAGAAGAUGGAUUUCUUCAAGCUGCGGCUGGAUCGAUUGCUCGACAAUGCCCACGAGCGUCUGACUACGAUGGAAUCGCUGCUAAGUGACUGCUGGUGGGAGGAAUUAGUGGGACUGGGCGUGUGCUUUCACUUCAACAAAACUGUGGCCAAGCAGCUCGUGAAAUUAUACGCCAAGUUACUCGCAGACUUACACGCCAUGAAAUUUGCCAUCGAAGCGGAGACGUGCCAUUGGACGCACGUGGUGCUGCUCCAGAAGAUGCAAACGCGUUUCUACGUUCUACAAGUGGAGGCAAAUGAUUUACUCGAGGAUAUCUCACUCAAGAUCGUUCAUUCGUCACGAACCAUGUCGUCAUCGAAAUUCGCCAGUUUGCAACAAGCUUUGGAACGCCUCAUGACUAAAUACACGACUUUGUAUGGAAACCUCCUCUCGGCCGAUGUCCACACGGCAGAUGACGUGGGUAAAACCAUGCCACUCAAUGUAUUCGUCUACUCUUUCCACGUGUUCGUGGUUUCACUGCUGGAAUUUGAGGACAAAUUCAAUCGCAAGAAUUUCUCUGCUCGUUACCGCGUCAAGAAUUUCCUGAAAUUGGCAUGUCGGAGUCUGCUGCAGCCUGUCAAUUAUCCUCGACGACUUAUCAUUUUCGCGUUUCGUACGACACUGGCGGUCAUCAUUGGAAUUUGCUGUGCGACUUUCAUCUUCGCUUUCAGUUCGACGGCCCCGACUGCGAUCGCUAUGGUGGCUGAGGAUAAUAUUGGUGGCACGUAUGGCAACACAGUGAAUCGUGUGGGUGGUCUGGUAGCUGGUACAGUGGUGCCCUCUAUCUUCAGCUUCUUCGUGUGCAAAGUGGCGGACGACAACGUCUACAACGUAUUGAACAACAUCGUAUUGUUCGUGUGGACUGUGGGCUCCAUGUAUGUGUGGUUCUGUCGUCGCUACAUGGCGUUGGCAGGCAUGACAUCAGCUUUCAUGGCUGCAUCGGUGCUACUAGACCACAGUUGUCGAAACACGUCAUCUUCGACCACAGUAUCGUACUCCAGUCUAACUCAGAAUGCGCUGGGUAUUCUCAUUCUCAUGGUCGUGGAAGUCGUGAUUCAUCCUCGAAGCUCCCGUGGACUGCUGCGUAGUAACAUCCAGCAGUUGUUGACAAAGUAUUGUGACGUUUUCCACGACGUAUUUCGUCAUCAUAUCGCGUACAGUCAACCGAGAGCUACGUCUACAGGGGUUCUCACAGAAGAGGACAUUGAGAUUACAAACGCAUUACUAAGUCGCGCUGAGAUCAAGGGGCUGAGAGACCAACUAAAGAAUACUCUUCCUGAACUGCUCAAGACGCAAGCUAAACUGGUGAAUGGCUCUAGUAUGGAGCCUACUUUGUGGAAGCCCCCGUUCUCAACAGCCAAGUACACGACAGUCCUGAACGUAUGUCGCGAAAUUUUGGAUAGAAUUGACGUUCUUGUGGACCUGGUGGACUGGCACGAACAUCGUCGAAGCAGUGGGAAAGACAAGCCUUUAAGACGUUGGCAACAAAGUCGAAUCGAAGAUGAAUGCGCUGCUGCGUAUGCUGCGGCUCAAGAACCUCCUUCUCCUACCUCUGCAAUGGUAGCUGAGAUGGCAGGAGAGUCUACUACAGAGGAUAAUUCUGCCCAAUCGCCGCCGUCUCCGCUGCCUAAUGUGAGUACAACAUCUCCUGCUGUGGCCAAGAUCAAGUGGGAUCAAAGUUUGGCUGUGGUUGAGGCAGGAGUCGAAGGAGCUUUCGAUACUUUGGUGACUUUAUUUGGCGAGGAAUUCUCCGGCUCAACCGCUGAAGAUCACGCCAUCUACUUGCAGAUGAAGGAAGCUUUUCGUAUCGCUGAUGUGCAUCGUCGAGGUGUAGUUGAUGCCUCGGAACUGUGUCUUCUACUGGAAAAACUAAUGCCGUACUCUGGCAGUCAGGGGAUUGGAGGGAUGGAGCAAUAUGUGGAUGAGUUCAUGCAGUUAGUGGACAAGGACCACGACGGUAAAAUCUCCUUUAACGAGUUCAUGCAGGCGCUAAAUGAAGGUUUCCGACUGGAACUGGAGAUCUACGAUGACCAACCACAAGUCCCCGUUAGCGACGUCAUUACAGGACCCAACGGAUCGCAACUUUCCCACUCAAGGAGCGGUCGUUUGCUUCGUAAAAGUACACUUCGACGUAACUCUAUUCAAACGGACGACCCAGAUGAUCCCUCAACACCCGGGAAGAACAAACGGGGCUCCACUGUAUCGCCCCCAGCUUCAGAUUCUCGGCACCGGGCUUCGUCCAACUUCGUUGACAUGUCAGUUUUUGAGUCAAAGCACGGGUCUACCCCUGUUAAUGCCACGGAAACUCUGAAGACCAAUCGUAGACACCGCUUUCGAGCCAUGUCGUCGGCUAGCGAAAGCUCGGCACCAGAAGCGCUACUCAACGUCGAGGCGUUUACACUCACAGAAGCUGCGAUAGCACUGAAACACGCCUAUGGUGAGUGCUUGUUGGGGUAUGUGGAUGAUCACAGCAAACGGAUCACCAUGGAGGAUUUCAUCGUCAUGAGCUGCGUUAUCAGCGCCUGUGAAAAUAUUGCUGAGAAUUUGACGCGCUUGAACACGCUGGCAGCCUCGUGA